GAUCUACGGCUCUACACCUGGUAAGCGAAAUGGAAGGACAUGCACCGGACGACACCGUGGAUAUUCUUUUGAGAAGUGGUGCCUCAGAACAAGCGGUGGAUCGUAUUGGGAAAGCCCCCGUUGAUUUGUUCAAACGAGUGCAGCGAUGUUUUCAGAGCGAUCCGCCGAUGGGGAACAGCGAGUGGCCCGAGCUAGAGCGCGCAAUCGAGCUGUUGGCCCGGGCUCCAGCUGACCGGACGUGGCGGCGCCGGUGCUGGCUCAUCAUGCUUCGUGAACGAACCAAGAAGGAGCGGACGAUCCAUGGCGGUCGUCGACGCAAGGGCAAGAAAGUAGGCAAUGGCGAAGGGCUUCUUUUCGGUAAUGGGGAGCGUGGAGGAAGUAACAAGGUGCGGCGAAGUGGUCGCAGCCGAGGUCGCGGCGGGGCGAGGGCGGCCGUCGAGGUGGACUUGCGCGGCUUGGUUAGCGUGCUUAUUUGCCUGGAGUCGGAGAUGUUUCGCGCGAUUGUGGGCUAAAUGUGAGAUCAGGGAGAGACAGACGUACGAUAGGCACCCUGGCGGGACCGACGCGGCCGUGCGACGCCGAGAAGACGAAUUCUGCAAUCCUGCAGAAAAUGCACCAUAUUUGAAGAGGCUCUACCGAUGAUUUCGUCGGCUCAAGCUCUUCUGAGUCGCGUUUGUGUAUUUUUAUGCAUGCCUUGUAGUGGUCGAGGCGGUCCCGUCAUCGUCAUCGAUAUUUCGAUGAACACAGGAAGCAAGGGAGUUGGUAGUUCGGGGAGCAAAUGCGAUGUAGGUAAUGGAUUAACUGGGAAAUGUCACCUAGUGCCUAGUGUCAGCCCAUCUCGUCUUUGCAAAAAAAAACAGUCCAACAUGUUGUGGUGGUGUCCGCACAUGGCAUGUGCCUAAAUGGUAGUUGGAAACCUUUGCGUGUCAGUGUCGGAGCUGUU